UAUUUCCAACGAUUCGUCCGCAUUGACCUCCGCCACAUCCUUCGUGCCCUUUAAUUCGCAGUUUACACAUUGGCAGACUGGAAAUUUAUCCAGCGAGUUUUAUUUGACCUGUAUAUCUAAAUUAGAAAAUGGCGUUGCUAACACCUCUCCUUGCAUUCCUCUACCACUUGCCGCAGGUGUACAAGUGGCUGCUAAAGCCAUACUAUGUCGCGUCUCUGUUCAUGUCAGUCGCGUUUCUCCUGAUCCGCAAGACGCCAGGCAUCUGCGAGCAUCUUUCGACACAACGAGAGGAUGGCAACCCCUGCGACUUUGACUGGAGAGAAGUGGAGAUUCUUAUGUUCCUCAGUGCCAUCGUCAUGAUGAAAAACAGAAGAGCUAUAACGGUGGAACAGCAUGUGGGGAACAUCAUUCUGUUCAGUAAGGUGGCCAACGUUAUCCUCUUCUUCAGACUGGACAUCCGCAUGGGCCUUCUCUACCUCACCUUCUGCAUCGUGUUCCUGAUGACCUGUAAGCCUCCUCUCUACAUGGGCCCAGAGUACAUCAAGUACUUCAGUGACAAGACCAUAGACGACGAGUUGGAGAGGGACAACAGGGUGACGUGGAUUGUAGAGUUCUUCGCUAACUGGUCCCCGGAGUGUCAGUCCUUUGCCGCCGUCUACGCAGACCUCUCCCUCAAGUAUAACUGUGCUGGGCUCAAGUUUGGGAAGGUGGACAUCGGCCGGUAUGGAGACGUGUCUAAGAAGUACAAGGUGAGUACCUCUCCCCUCUCCAAGCAGCUGCCCUCGCUGCUGCUGUUCCAGGGGGGCAAGGAGGUGAUGAGACGCCCCCAGGUGGACAAGAAGUGUAGGGCAGUAUCCUGGAGCUUCACUGAGGAGAACAUCAUCCGGGAGUUCAACCUGAACGAGCUCUACCAGAAGUCCAAGAAACUCAAUAAGUCCAAGGGAGACUGGAGCGACAAGCUCAAUGAAUCACAGUUCCCGCCGUUGCACGAAGAGGAGGAGCCCGAGGUCGACGCCCAGGGGGAGGAGACGGAGACCAAGAAGGACAAAUAGAAUUGUCAGGGGUAGUGGCCUCAGAAGAACGCUGGGACUAGCUGGUGUUCUGUUCUAUCGAGGGAACAAACAUGAUUGUUACGAAUCCUUUUUCAUUUUGCUAUGUACAACACGAUUUGAGUUGCAAAAUGUGAUUAUGAUUAUCUCAACUGUACAGUUAGAUUUGUACGUCUCCGUCAUACUUAUGAGUUGCAUCGAUCUUUCCUCCAGUUCCCUGGAGAAACUCUAUGCUCAUCAUUGGUUGUGUCCCAAAUGGCAUUCUAUUACCUAAUAUAGUGCACUAGGGAAAAGGGGUGUGACUUAACAAUUGAAUGCAUUAAUAUUGGCACACUACAAUUAUACACUCCAUUCCUAGUGUUUCACUUGAUUUAAAACUUGUCCCAUUUGGGAUAUAGUGUGAAUUUACACUCUGUCCAGUCCAUGCACCCAUUGAACUGAAGUUACAUUGGCUUCGUCUGAAAUGGCUCAAUGGUUCAGACAUGGUCAAGUAUUUUACGCCAGCUACCUACCUUCGACUGGGUCCAUGAUAAUGAUAAUGUGUAUGAGCCACGGCCUCUGUCAUCUACAAAAUAUCAGAGAUGGUUGAGGGAGGCACUGGUAGUCUCUAUCCCUCACUCCUCUCCAUGACAGAAUAUCCCUCACUUCCUCUCCAUGACAGAAUAUCCCUCACUCCUCUCCACCCUGACAGAAUAUCCCUCACUCCCCUCCAUGACAGAAUAUCCCUCACUCCUCUCCACCCUGACAGAAUAGGUAGAAUUACAUGUUUACUUUCAAAUGCUCCCAUCUAAACGAUUACCAUUUUGACACCAGCAUCUCUAGGCGAUGUAACAGAACAUUUUACUACCUGUUUGACAUUCCCUUGGUUACUGUAGAAUUCUGUGUCAACCUUCCGUUCAGAAUGUGUAGAUUGAUUCCGUGAAUGGGUGAGCCUGCCGCUUGAGGUGUCCGACAUGUUUUUUUUAUGCAAUAAAAAUGUGUACAUGAAUACAUUGAGUCUGGCAAUGUUCCCGAACGCAGGAACAUUGCCUUUAAAUGUCAAGUUGCACUAUACUAUAAGAAAUCAUGCACGAGGGGGUGUGGUAUAUGGCCAAUAUACCACUAAGGGCUGUUCUUAGUGCCUGGACACAGCCCUUAGCCAUGGUAUAUUGGCCAUAAACCCGAGAUGCCUUAUUGCUAUUAUAAACUGGUUACCAAUGUCAUUAGAGCAGUAAAAAUUUAUGUUUUGAUAUACCACUGCUGUCAGCAAAUCAGCAUUCAGGGCUCAUCCCACCAGGUUUACAAUUAAAGAUAAAUGGGAAUUUAAGCAUUUUUAGCAACAUGUAUGUUUUGGUGGCAUAACGUUAAAAAAAUAAAAAAUACUGCAUAGUUUCCUAUGAACACGAAGCGAGGUGGCCAUCUUUGUCGGCGCCGGAUGUUGAACCUACAUUUUGGCACCGCCUUCUGGUAGUGACGGCAUUUAAGAGUUAUGGAGGGAGGCGAGACAUGAAGCCAAGCUUUGAGCCUCCCCCCCAUCAGUAGGAGUUUGCUCCCUACAUAUGAACCUGAGAACCACUGACUGAUGUAAACCCCACAAUGAUUCUCUGGCCCCUCUGGAAGAAAUUCUGUUAAGUUGCAUGAAAAUCUACUGUAACUGGAUCAUAACUUUUAAUUGCCAAUGUGGAAUCCUUUGGUCCGACUUAAAAGUUCUACUCUGAAUGUGUAGUAAGUAUGGGAUAGACUAUGUUCUGCCCUUUCUCAUGUGUUGCAUUGGCCGACCUCAACUGCAAACAAAAAGAACACUGCCUUUUGUUUUAAAUACUUUAUUACCAAUGCUCAAACACACACGCACAUACACACAUGCACACGCCCACACACAUACAGAGCUAUACAGUACUUUUUAAAUUUUAUUUAUUUAUUUCAAAACACCCAAGUCCAGGGCCUGUACUUGUCUAAACAUCAUCUGUAAGGGCAUUGGCUGUUCCUGAUGGCAGUCAAACAUAUUGGGCGACGUGCUUUUUUUUUGUCCUAGACCAUUUUGUUUCAUUCUACGCUCCUGACUGGUCAAACAAACUGUCAGUCUAAAGCAAUGCCCUGUAAAUUGUCUUAAAAUCUUGCAAAAAAAAAAAAGAAGAAAA